CCUGUCUCUCACGCACCAGUUACGUCUGACCGUAAAAAAUAGAAACUUCCAAGAUGGCCGAGUCCGUGGACUCCAUGCAUUUCGCUGCGAACAGCAAAACAAAUUCCCCCAAACCCCUGCUGGCCAAGCGACCGCCCGAGAGCCGCCCGCAGUCCUCCAGCGACAUUUUCCCACCCACGCCGAAGAAGGUCAGGGUGGAGGAGAAGGGCCUGAAGCACAGGAAGCUGAACGGAGAGGCGUGCGCAGGGGAAAAACACAACGGGAAGCAGAGUUGUGGGAGCCCAGCGAAAUGGAGUUUCGGCCCGGCCAAGGCGAGCCACUCCGCCGCCUCCGCGAUGCCGACCACCCCCGUGCGGAAGAUCUUCAAAAUCAGCAACUUCCUCGCGUCGCCUCCCAAAGUGAAAAAGGCGAAGGAGAAGCGACGCAGGGAGAAGGAGAGGAGCGGCGAAGCCCCGCGGAGCUCCGCCGCCGCCGCCGCCGCCGCCGUGGAGAGAGUGAGCCCCGCUAGCUGCCAUACAAAGACGGAGAACGGCGACGUGAAAACGCUGCAGAGAGAUCACGGCGCAAAGGAGAAGGACGGACAGAAGAAGGAGAAGAAGAACAAGGAGUGGAAAGCGCACAAGCUGCCACCUGUGCAUGACAUGGUGAGGGAGAACGGAGAGGCGACGUCCCCCCAGAAAGAGUCCAAAGAGAUACUCGCCCUUGGUUCGGAGGAAGAGCUGCUGCUGAAGAAGCUCAAGAAGAAGAAGAAAAAGAAGCACAAAGACGGCGAGUGGACGAAGGAGAGGCACGGCCGGCCCAAAAUGCACCACCGCUCCUGCCAGACCUUGUGCACCGGCGUGUCUCUGGCUCUGCCGGAGUUCCUGGGCCGGAUCAACGGGGACAGCAGCGGUCUGGUCCGCGGCACUACGGCACCGCAGCACUUCCAGGAUCCCUCUGCUGCUGCCCUCCCCUCCGCGGUCAGGGAGCGGUUCAGCCACGGCUGCGCCUCGCCGACGGGCCUCCCCGGCCUGGAGUUCGGCCGCCUGAUCCACGUCGAGCAGCAGGCCAACGGAGGCGCCUCCGUGGCGCACGCCUACACCGAGGAGCUCGCCUGCCUGUCCCCGGCGGAGAUGGAGCGCUUCGCCGAGGAGUUUGUGAGCCUGUCGUUCAGCGAGGACGGGGCGCAGGCCGCGCGCUUCGUGAUGGGAAUCAUCCACGGCGCGGCCUCCUACCUCCCCGACUUCCUGGACUACUUCUCGUACAACUUCCCCAACGCCACGGUGAAGAUGGAAGUGCUCGGGAAGAAGGACAUCGAGACGACCACCAUGGCUAAUUUUCACUCUCAGGUGAAGAGGACAUAUUCCCGGGGGACGUACCGCGCCGGGGCCAUGCGGCAGGUCAGUCUGGUCGGGGCCGUGGACGAAGAGGUCGGAGACUACUUCCCAGAGUUCCUCAACAUGCUGGAGGGAUCUCCUUUCCUCAUGCGGACUCUGCCGUGGGGGACCUUCUCCAGUCUGCGGCUGCAGAGCCCGACGGAGAGCGACGACGGCCCCAUCAUGUGGGUCCGACCCGGAGAACAGAUGAUCCCCAUGGCCGACAUGCCCAAAUCCCCCUUCAAAAGGAAAAGGUCCACCAACGAGAUAAAGAACCUGCAGUAUCUGCCCAGAGCCAGCGAGCCCAGAGAGCUGCUGUUUGAGGACCGGACGAGAGCCCAUGCAGAUCACAUCGGUCAGGGCUUCGAGCGGCAAACCACGGCCGCUGUAGGGGUGCUGAAGGCUGUCCGCUGUGGAGAGGACAGCGACACGCCCGCCCGGAUCACCAAAGACGUGGUGUGUUUCCACGCCGCAGAUUUUCCAGAUGUGGUCAUGAGGCUGCAGCUGGACCUCCACGAGCCCCCGCUGUCUCAGUGCGUCCAGUGGAUCGACGACGCUAAGCUGAACCAGCUGAGGAGGGAGGGAAUCCGUUACGCUCGCAUCCAACUGUACCACGACGACAUCUACUUCAUCCCCAGAGGAGUCGUCCACCAGUUCAAGACGGUCUCCGCCGUCUGCAGUCUGGCCUGGCACAUCCGGCUCAAGCAGUACCACCAACAGGAGGAGAAAAGGGAGGAGGAGGAGGAGGAGAAGUGCUCACUAAGUGAUGCUUUCCAUCGAAUCAAACAGGAGGAAGAUGUGGAGGAAGAGGGGAAUAAGUGUGACUUUGCGGUAAAGAUGGUGACGAAGGUGGAGGAUGAGGACGAGGAGGGCCAAGAGGAACCGGCGUCGCAAACACCGACGCACGGUUUCAAGGAGGAAGAGCGAGGCGAGCAGGAAGAGACGGAGCCGGCGGAACCUCAGCCGCCGCCUUCAGUUCAAAACGAAAGGGAGGAGGUGGCGUUCAGUCCCGCGCUAACGGAAGUGAAAGCGGAACAGAUAAACGAGGACAAAAAGGAGACGCAUCAAAGGCCGCAGGGCCAAGAGGAUGGCGGGCAGGAUGCUGCUCCCUUAAAGUCCUCCCAGCAAAUCAGGAAGGAGAGCGACGCGGAGGAAGAGCAGCAGCAGCAGCAGCAGCAAAAGGCAGCUCUUCCAGACAAGACUAAAGAGGAGACGACGAGCACUUACAGCACUCUGCAGGUCAAAAAAGAGAAGGAUAAAGGUAGAAAUGAGAGGGAGAGGACUAAAGAAAAGAAGGAGAAGGACAGGGAGAAAAAAGACAGAGGAAAAGACAGAGAGAGGGAGAAGGUUAAGACCGAAGGAGGAAGAGAGGGGAGCAGUCUGAUCCUCCUGCAGAUAAAGAGAAAGGAGGACGACGAGCGGAUAAAGGAGGGGAGAAAAGGCUCCCAGACCGUCCCGUCCGCUCCGAGAGACGAGAAGUGGGCCAAGGAGUGCGACUCGAGAACGCAAGCCCACUUCAGGAGAGAGAAGGAGCACGAGAAGGACAGGGGAGCGCUUCAGCCCCGGCCCGACAGGGAGGAGGCCCGAGACUCCUGCUCGCACAACCACAAGAAGAAGGAGCGCAGCGGACACAAGGAGGGCAAGGACAUCAGCGCGCCGAGCACGCAGGCGAAACUGGGGAGGGAGGACGGAAAGACACACAAACACUCAAACCUGCAGGCGAAGAAGGAGGGCAAGAAGGAGGAGAUCAGGAAGAAGCCUGAACACAAACCAGCACGGACGCUCUUCACCUUCGAUCUCUUCAAGCCCAUGGAGGCUCACCAGACGCUGGCUCUUUCUCUGUCAGACAACAGGCCCAAACCUCAGCAUCACACCGACUCUCGAGGUUCUUCCUCCAAAUCUGGGUCAGACGCUCGGACAGUCGUUUCCUCUAAAGGACCAAAAGUAAAGGACUCGCUGCAGGCGAAAGCGGCGGCGCUGCAGGACUCCAUCAAACAGCCUCUGAGGACACAAACGCCGCAAACACAGAAAAACUUCUUGAUAUGA